AUGUCUGAACUUCCGCUUGAUAUUUGGCUGCUGGUAAGGGACAUCUUCCAGGAUGACUUGACGCUUGACCCCCACGGCAAGGUCUCCCAGGACAUCGUGGAUUCGCAUGCCGCUAUCAUGAACCUUGCUGGCACGUCUCGGAGACUGGCUCAUAUCAGCAAGCUCCACACCCCCUCACAAGGACGACGAUCGAUUGUUGCUUUCAAUCCCGGAAAGCUAUUUGACCAGUCGCAUCAGGACAAUUCCGCCAAUGAUACUCUGGAGAAGCAGACUCUUGCGAACGUGAUACAGAUGUACAUCACGAGCAUCACCGGCCCUUCGUUGGAUCGUCGCCUCACGGGGUACUCGGCUCGCCAUGACAAUCUAUACAAGGACUGUCAUGCGAUCUUCGAAGCAGCGCGAGCAAGAAUGGAAGCUGAUCCCACCUUUCUGUCGAACAUUGAGUCUUUCGUCUUUAUGUCGGGCGCGCGGUGGUGGAUGUCGGAUCAGAAGAUCAGGGAAAACCUCUCAGACUCGACGACCCCUCACGAAACAUCCUUCGAUCUCUUGCAGAUGGCCAACGAGCGGGGAGCACUUUUCUGCCAGCAUCUGUCCGAAGGCGUCAACGAAGUAUCGAAGCGGACCCGACCAAGCGCAGAUGAUCCCACAAAAAUGGUCAGCAUCGCCACGGUCUGCCCUCGGGCAUCGUAUGCCCUGCACCUUUAUGGAGGCAUCGACCCAAAACAACGGAGAAUGCAAGCUCCACUGACCCGAGGCAGGCUGCAAUGCGGGCCCAUGACCUGGUACUGGGAGGGUCCGAUCCUCGAGAACAAGGAAAGCGAUGUGGAAGGCACUCUUGUCGGCCUGCACCUCGAUUCGCUGGCCAGGCAAUUCAAGAUCGGGGGACUGGAAGUGCGAAGCUUCACCGGCUACUUGCCAACGCUGUCAAACAAGUCUGAGGAGAUGAAAGCCUGGCUCGCGGAGCUCGUGGAAGACAUGGAACACACCGUGUCUGAGAAUGACAACCCGCUCCCGCUGAAGAAUGAGCAUGGAGAACCCUUGAUCACCCUGAAAACGAUCGAUCAGGCUCGGGAGAAGCCGUGCAAAUGCGGCCAUCCCCGUUUUCAUCCCACAGAGAUGAGCGUUACAGGUGAUGAUGAGACCGGCGCCAUCAUGGAUGACUGA